UGUGUAUAUAUAGAUAUACAGAUAUAACACGUAAGCUACUGCUGCGCUGCUGCUGCUGCAUCUGACAGACAAUUCGCGAGGGUGCGGUGUGCGGGUGGUUGCUUCAUUACGUAUAUAUAUAUGGACAUAAUAGUCAGGCUGCUACUUACUGCUGUUCAUCACACAGUGUGUGCGAGUUGUCGUAAACUCGAUGCAUUUGAUACACGCAUGCCUACGUACAAUAAUAAAGCACGAGUGGGUAUACGUCAUUGCUGCAGCAUAAUUCGUCUGUGACAUACGCGUGCACAGCUGCACACCUGGUGACGUGACAGCAUAUAGACAGAAUGUCUGCGCCGAGGUUUGAUAAUAGUGGUGCCUUUGCCGAGCAAUCAUUAAUGACGAUGAUGACGACGACGAUCGACGAGUCAUGCAGUUCGGAUUGCUGAAUUAUCGAACGUCCCGACGAGCAACACAACUCUGCGAGCAAAUUUAAUUACGUGGACAACAUCUGGAUCCUGGAUAUCUCUGAUGACAAUGCGAAAUAAUUGUAAAACAAGAGAAAUGUUUAUUGUACGAGCAUUGGAAAAGAUAUUAGCAGAUCGUGAUGUCAAGCGCUCACAUCUGUCACAGCUCAGAAGAGCCUGUGAAUCAGCACUUGAGGAUUUACAUAAUGAAAUCAAAGAUGUUCCUAAUACACAAGGAGAGGAAGCUCCUUCUAAUGCUCUACCACAGCCCAAGAGCGACUCCAAUUUUAUAAGCGCUGAAAAGUAUUUUCUACCUUUUGAGUUGGCGUGUCAGAGCAAGUCACCACGCAUAGUGGUCACAUCCCUAGACUGUCUGCAAAAACUAAUUGCCUAUGGGCACCUUACAGGCAGCAUACCCGACUCAACGGACCCUAGUAAAUUAUUAAUUGAAAGAAUUGUUGAAACAAUUUGCAGUUGUUUCAUUGGCCCGCAAACAGAUGAUGGUGUGCAAUUACAAAUUAUCAAAGCGCUACUCACUGUUAUGACCAGUCAACACGUGGAAGUUCACGAAGGAACAGUUCUGUUGACAAUCAGAACAGUUUAUAAUGUAUAUUUAGCUUCCAGAAAUUUAGUUAAUCAAACAACUGCUAGGGCAACUCUGACUCAAAUGAUAAAUGUGAUAUUCGCCAGGAUGGAAUCUCAAGCUGAAGAAGAAAGUAUAAGACAAGAGCAUGAACACCAAAAUUCAUUGACACCUGUAGUCAUUGAAACUGAAGUAACUGAACAAAAUGAAAUUUUGAAUUCAUCUACUGCUGCUAAUGUUGAUGCAUCAUCAACAACAAACUUUUCAGAACCUUCAAUGGACCCUCCUCAAUUGAAUGAUUCUCUUCCUACUAUUACAUGCGAAGCACAACCAGAAGAGGCAUCAAAAUUAAGUGAAGCUCAAGAAGUUGUGCGCAGUGUUUUAAACAAUAUAAUUGACAAUAUAAUUCUUGAACCAGCUGCUGAGACAAAAAGUGUUCCCCAAGUUACAGAAGAACCAAUUGAAUUUGAAACACCUGUAGCGGAAGAAACUUCUGCAGAGAAUAAUUCUGUAAUAGAAGAAGCUUCUGCUGGGAAUAAUUCUGUAACAGAAGAAGCUUCUGCUGGAAAUAAUUCUGUAACAGAAGAUCAACAGCCAAAUCAAGAUGAAGCAGUUGUGGAGAGCGACAAUAUGGUUACAGCAAAGUUUACACAUGUACUGCAAAAAGAUGCCUUUUUAGUAUUUCGAGCCUUAUGUAAAUUAUCUAUGAAAUCACUGCCUGAUGGUCCACCAGAUCCUAAGUCCCAUGAGCUCCGAUCAAAAAUUUUAUCACUUCAAUUACUUCUUGGAAUUCUACAAAAUGCUGGCCCUAUUUUACGCUCAAACGAAAUGUUUGUUAUUACGAUUAAGCAAUAUUUAUGCGUCGCCCUAUCGAAAAAUGGAGUAUCUUCCGUUCCCGAAGUAUUUGAACUGUCGCUAGCUCUUUUCCUCGUAUUGUUAGCCCGAUUCAAAGUACAUCUAAAGAUGCAAAUCGAAGUAUUUUUCAAGGAGAUUUUUAUGAAUAUUUUGGAAACGUCCAGCAGUUCGUUCGAGCACAAGUGGAUGGUAAUUCAUGCUCUUACCCGUAUCUGCGCCGAUGCUCAGAGCGUCGUCGAUAUCUACGUCAAUUAUGAUUGCGAUUUAGCAGCUGCUAAUCUUUUUGAAAGAUUGGUGAACGAUUUAUCGAAAAUCGCUCAGGGUCGCCAAGCUCUCGAGUUGGGCGCCUCGCCGAAUCAAGAAAAAUCCAUGCGCAUUCGCGGUCUCGAAUGCCUGGUGUCGAUUCUCAAGUGCAUGGUCGAGUGGAGUCGGGAUCUGUACGUCAAUCCGUCGAUACCGGCGGAACAGCAAGUGCCUCAAGCCGAAUCACUCGAUCCCUCGAUGGAGAACGCCGGUACGCCCGGCAACAACGGCAACAGACUGCUGCCUCGAUACGGCAGUGUCGGUAGUCUGAGCUCCGCGAAUAGCAGCCUGGUCGGGAACAAAGAAGUUCCGGACUCGCCCGAGCAGUACGAGGUGCAAAAGCAACAAAAAGAAGUCUGGGAAACUGGCAUCGAAAUAUUUAAUAGGAAACCACCAAAAGGUGUGGCAUACUUACAAGAGCAAGGUCUUCUUGGCACCACGGAGGAAGAUAUCGCGCGAUGGUUACACACGGACGAGCGCCUCGACAAGACCGCGCUCGGUGACUUUCUCGGUGACCAAGGCUACAAUCAGGUCAUGUACAAAUACAUCGAUCAAAUGGACUUUACCGAUCGCGAUUUAGUCAGUGCCCUCAGGUACUUUUUGGAGGGUUUCAGACUGCCCGGCGAGGCGCAAAAGAUCGACAGACUCAUGGAAAAAUUUGCCAGUAGGUACUGCGCUUGCAAUCCCAAUAAUGGCCUGUUCACGAGCGCCGAUACGGCUUACAUCCUUGGCUUUUCCAUCAUUAUGCUGACGACGGAUUUGCACUCGCCCCAAGUGAAAAACAAAAUGACGAAAGAGCAGUAUAUCAAACUCAACAGAAGGAUUAGCGACAACGAGGACUUGCCGGAAGAAUACCUGUCCAAAAUUUACGACGAAAUCGCCGGCAACGAAAUCAAAAUGAAGAGCAACUCCAACAGGAUUGGCAAACAGGUGAUCUCGAGCGAGAAGAAACGUCGACUAUUGUGGAACAUGGAGAUGGAGGUGAUAUCGACCGCGGCCAAAAAUCUCAUGGAGUCGGUGAGCCACGUUCAAGCUCCGUUCACCACGGCCAAACAUCUCGAGCACGUGCGGCCCAUGUUCAAAAUUGCCUGGACGCCGUUUUUGGCGGCUUUCAGCGUCGGCCUGCAGGACUGCGACGAUCCGGAGAUCGCCUCGCUCUGUCUCGACGGCAUACGCUGCGCGAUUCGCAUCGCUUGCAUAUUCCACAUGACGCUCGAACGAGACGCUUACGUGCAAGCUCUGGCGCGAUUCACCCUGUUGACGGCCAAUUCGCCGAUCACCGAGAUGAAGGCCAAAAACAUCGACACCAUCAAGACUCUGAUUACCGUGGCGCACACCGACGGCAAUUAUUUGGGUACUUCCUGGUUGGACGUGGUCAAGUGCAUAUCGCAACUCGAGUUAGCUCAACUGAUCGGCACCGGUGUCCGUCCUCAACUUUUGGGCCCUCCCUCGAAGCCUCAUCAUUUCCCAUCGCCGUUGGCUAACUUCGCCAAUUUAAGCGUAACCAGUAGCUCGCACACUACCAAUGGAUUAAAUCUCAGUUCACUGGAUCGUAAGUACCAACAGCUCCUCAAUUUCGAUUUAAUUUCAAUCGAUUGUAAAAGAGGAUUAUUUAUCAUUUCAGCGAGCGUCAAGGAAUCGAUCGGUGAGACGAGUUCUCAGAGUGUCGUCGUGGCGGUCGACCGCAUAUUCACCGGCUCGACGAGGCUCGACGGUGACGCCAUUGUCGAGUUCGUCAAGGCUCUGUGUCAAGUGUCGCUGGAGGAGCUGGCGCACCCGACGCAGCCGCGCAUGUUCUCCCUGACGAAAAUCGUCGAGAUCUCCUACUACAACAUGGGACGCAUUCGUCUGCAGUGGUCGCGAAUCUGGCAAGUCGUGGGUGAACACUUUGACAGGGUCGGGUGCAGUCCUCGCCAAGAGAUAUCCUUCUUCGCCGUCGACUCGCUCAGGCAAUUGGCGACCAAGUUCAUCGAGAAGGGCGAGUUCGCCAAUUUCCGCUUUCAAAAGGACUUUCUUCGGCCGUUCGAGCACAUAAUGAAGAAGAAUCGGUCGACGGUGAUACGUGACAUGGUCGUGCGGUGCGUCGCGCAAAUCGUUCACUCGCAGGCGCCCAACAUUCGCAGUGGCUGGAAAAAUAUAUUCAGCGUGUUUCAUCACGCGGCCAGCGACAGGGACGAAGCCGUUGUCGAUUUGGCGUUCUCGAUGACUGGAAAAAUUAUAAAUGAAUUGUACGCCAAGGACUUUAGCAUAAUGGUAGACUCGUUUCAAGACUCGGUAAAAUGUUUGAGCGAGUUUGCCUGUAACGCUUCCUUCCCCGACACGAGCAUGGAAGCUAUUAGAUUGAUUCGCGCUUGCGCCUCCUACAUCGACGCGAAUCCUCAUUACUUCGCCGAAGGCAUGAUGGACGAUAUGAAUGGCAUGGUGUCCGAAGAAGAUAGAGCUUGGGUACGAGGAUGGUUCCCGUUGCUUUUUGAGCUAUCUUGCGUCGUCAGUCGUUGCAAACUCGACGUUCGCACGCGAGCGUUGACCGUGCUCUUUGACGUCGUCAAAACUCACGGUGCCUCGUUCAAGCCGCACUGGUGGAAAGACCUGUUCCAAGUACUGUUCCGCAUAUUUGACAAUAUGAAGCUACCGGAGCAACACACCGAGAAAGCCGAAUGGAUGACUACAACUUGCAACCACGCGCUGUACGCCAUAGUCGACGUGUUUUCACAAUUCUACGACACCCUCGGACCGCUGCUUCUCGAGCAGCUCUACGCCCAGCUGCACUGGUGCGUUCAGCAGGACAAUGAGCAACUGGCGCGCUCGGGUACCAAUUGCCUCGAGAAUCUCGUCAUAAGUAACGGCGUCAAGUUCGACAGCGACACGUGGGACAAGACUACCAGCUGCGUCCUCGAGAUAUUCAGCAGUACGCUACCGACGGCUCUGCUCACCUGGAAACCCGUGACGAACAAAGAAUCAGACAUGGAUGUUAUAACGGGGGAGGCCGAGCAUUCGGGAAUAUUAAAACGAAGCUCUAGCAAUCAGAGCAUAGGUAGUAACAGCGAAUCGAGUAGGGCCAAGGUAUUCGCGGCUCUAUUGAUUAGGUGUGUGGUUCAACUGGAACUCAUUCAGACAAUCGAUAACAUCGUUUUUUACCCGGCUACAUCGAGAAAAGAAGACCAGGAAAAUCUCGCUGCCGCUCAAGCUGACAUGCUCAAUAGCAAAUCAGAAGUCGGCGCAAUAAGUUCGGGUGGAGAUCAACAAAAAGAAGAACAAGGGAUGUACUGCGCACUGUCGUCCAAUCAUCUCCUAAAAUUGGUCGAUUGUCUCUUGAGAUCUCAUCGUUUUGCUAAAAGUUUUAAUUCCAAUCACGAGCAGCGAAAUAUCCUGUGGAAAGCUGGUUUUCGCGGAAACGUCAAACCAAAUUUACUCAAACAAGAGAUUCAAUCGUUAGCUUGUUCGUUGCGCAUCUUAUUCAAAAUGUAUAGCGACGAGUCACAUCGUUCCAAUUGGUCGGUGAUCGAAUCCCGACUGCAGGAGGUUGCCACCGAAGCUCUUGAAUACUUUUUGGUUCUCGGAAACGAAGCUCAUCGCGAUGCUUGGACACCCAUACUGCUGUUACUGCUCACGCGAGUGCUUAAAAUGACAGACGAUAGAUUCGCUGUGCACGCAAGCAGUAUGUACCCUUUGCUCUGUGAAAUUAUGUGCUUCGAUCUCAAGCCCGAGUUGCGAAGUGUACUGAGAAGAUUUUUCCUGAGGAUCGGCCCUGUUUUUAGGAUUACGCAGCAGUAGUGUUUGUUGGUUUGUGAAAAUUGAAUGAUCAAUUGACUAGAGAGACACUUUGCCGUUGAUGACAAUGAUGUAGUUGUUAAAAAUAACUUUAAUCUCAUUUGCUCUAUUAUUUGAAGUUCAUUUAUAAUUCUAUGUAUAUUACAGUCUUUCUUAUUAUUGUAUAUUAUUAUUAGUAUUAGCACUAUUACGAGAGUAAAACUUUUUGAACGUUAUCAAGUAUGCAAAUACUUUUUAUACGCUGUUGUACUUUUUGCCAGUCAUUGGUACUUACUGUUUUGAAAUUACAGUGAUUUGAUUAUGCGUAAAUAAUUCAAGUUUGAAGUUAACUUGAUUAAGAUUCAAUUAUUAUUUGUAAAUUAUACUUAUGAACACGAAUUUGAAAGUGUAGAAGAAAAGAUGAAGGAUUCGAUACAUUAUAUUUUAUACACGUAUUCAAUUUUAUGAAAAAGUAUGAGUGAAUCGUAGAUAAUUAAUUUUUGAACAAG